UUUCUGCUAUAAGAUAUGGCAACGCCCCUCAUACUGACUGAGGGCAGAGCUCGCCUUGCUGGAUACUUCCGCCAGGAACUACAAUGUCGGUUGGGGACCAAAUCUACAUCCUUGUGUCCCCUGUGGGGAUACCCAUGUGGAUUUGCUGGUGAAACAGGGCCGCGAUGCAUUAUUCGUAGUGAAAUAAGAAAGCCUGGCAUUUCUAAGCCUAUAAAAGUUGUCCAGUACCAUAUUAAUACAGAAGAACUGUAUUCGUAUCUAAUUGAGUUUAUUCACAUGCUUUAUUUCAGACACCUUUUGGUGAAUCCCAGAGAUCGCCGUGUUGUUUUGAUAGAAUCUGUGCUGUCUCCGACUCACUUCAGGGAAACGAUCACGCGUGUUCUUUUCAAAUAUUUUGAGGUUCCAUCGGUGCUCUUUGCUCCAAGCCAUCUCAUGUCUCUUCUAACCCUUGGUAUCAACUCAGCCAUGGUUUUGGACUGUGGAUAUGCAGAAAGUUUAGUGCUGCCUAUAUAUGAAGGUAUUCCAAUCCUAAACUGCUGGGGAUCUCUUCCCUUGGGAGGCAAAGCGAUUCACAAAGAGCUGGAAUCACAGUUGUUGGAGGAGUGCACAGCCAAUACAGGAACAGCCAAGGACCAGAGCCUGCCUUCUGUAAUGAGCAGUAUUUCAGAAGAAAUAGUGGAGGACAUUAAAGUGCGCAUCUGCUUUGUAAGUGACCUCCAAAGAGGACUUAAACUUCAAGCUGCAAAAUUUAAUUUGGAUGGCACUGCUGAGCGACCCAUGCCACCACCUGAUGUUGACUAUCCUUUGGAUGGACAAAAGAUUGUGCAUGUUAAAGGUUCUAUCAGGGAUUCCGUUUCGGAACUGCUUUUUGAGCAGGACAAUGAAGAGAAGUCUGUUGCUUCUUUAAUACUGGAUGCACUCGUUCAGUGCCCAAUUGAUACAAGGAAACAGUUGGCUGAAAAUCUGGUAAUUAUCGGUGGCACAGCUAUGUUGCCUGGAUUCCUUCACCGACUUAUGGCAGAGAUACACUACUUGGUGGAAAAGCCAAAAUACAAAGAAGCUCUGGCUACCAAGAUCUUUAAAGUUCACACUCCCCCUGCAAAGCCAAACUGUGUGGCAUGGCUUGGAGGGGCGAUUUUUGGAGCUCUUCAGGAUAUCCUGGGGAGCAGAUCUGUGUCUAAAGAAUAUUAUAACCAGACUGGCCGUAUACCGGAUUGGUGUUGCCUGAAUAAUCCUCCUCUUGAGAUGAUGUUUGAUGUUGGCAAGUCUGGACCCCCAAUGAUGAAAAGAGCUUUUUCCACUGAGCAGUGAACACUUUGCCAAACCUAACUUUGCUUAAAGAAGAGACUGAAUUCUUCUACCGAAGGCAGAUAUUUAUUAUCCAAGUUUACAAACCUGAAAUAAUUCCAAUUUUAAAGCCAACUCCUCUUGGGUUUAAUGUUGCCAUGUUUAAGUUUGUUUUACCUCUGUAAAAAGACCAUUUUCACAUUUAGGAAAUGGUCAGAUGAUUCUUGUUGUCCCGUCUGCCUUAAAAAUCCCUUCUCAAUCCCAAGGAGAAUGGGAGUUGUCGUGGAAGGACAGCUGGAGGGCAGCAGCAGGUAUUCCCUCUUAAAUUUGUGUAGGUUGUGGUUCUGUGCAACGUCAUUAGAAGCAAUGGGCUGAAUGUGUGAAUUGUAAUAGGGCCAUUUAUCAUAUUAGCAUGGAAACCAUCACAUCAUAUUGUACUGGCUGUAAAACAAACAUCUUAGAGGAAACGCUGGCAACAUAUUUAAUUGUCAACAUUCCUUGUUCAAUGCAUUUGUCUUUGCAAACAUUACAUGAAAUAGGCUUCAUAUAUAAUACGAUCCCCAUAGUUUGCAAUUUAGUCAUAAUAAACUCCAGAGCAGCAUACAACAUUGCUGAUUUUGGAAUGGAGCACUUA